CUUAGAGAUCAUCCUCUGGACCCCUCAUUUUCAGAAGGGCAAGGACAAUGGACCCCAGGGAGGGAAGGAGAGCCCAACCUAGCUUGGCAGUUUGACCAUGGGAGCUGCUGUGCAGACAGCUAGCUCUUCACAUCUGCGUCACACGCAGCCUUUCUGAGUCAGGAGGGAACACUCAUUCCUGCUCCUUUGAGUGGGGAAAGAAUUCUGCCUGUGAAUGAGACACAAAUCUGAACUCCUGGGACAUUCCUGUUUUGAUCCAGUUCUAGCAGUGACACUGUUGGGUUGUGCUAAGCUGGAACAGUGAGGGCAUUAGGACCAGGAGCAAGGCGGAUGCUUGGCUCCUGGUUGUGUCUGGCAGAGGGCUCUCCACUCAGCACAGCGAUGUGUGAAAGGAAAUCAGUCACUGCCUGCCGCCUUUACAUCUGUUGAUCUGAACUAACUUGAAGCGUCCAAACAGGACGGCUGUCAGCUCUGCUUGACUGAGAACCCGCCAGCUCACCCCAGCCAUCUCAUCCCUUUCUGGCUACUCUUGCAAAGUGGGGGAAGAGACACGUGGGACUAAACACCUGAGCAGAAUGGACUGCUUAUUUAUCCCAAGGAGAAAAAUGGGGCAAAGGGGAGGGGGCGAGCAAUUUAAUUUGAAGUCCCUGUAAACAGGUUUUCAGAAGGCAACUGAAGAAAUCCACUGAGAGGACCUAGGGUGGAACCGUGGUCCUGUGGCUUUCUGAUUUUAAGCUGAAGCAGGUCUUACACAGCUGUUGGCAAAUGUGAGAUGGGAGAAAAGGAGGAGGCUAAGUGAGAAGUAAAGAACUUCCAGGUGAAAGAAACAACUCAAGUGCUGCUGCAAGGCAGAGGAAAUGUGGAGCAGCAUAUGAGAAGGCAAUCUUGAACAUGACCUGUUGCAUUUGGCAAGUUGCAGCAACAUGCUCCUAAAGAAGCGAUACCGACAUGGACCGUGCAGACAUCAAUUCCUCCUGCUGCUCCUGAUGCUGGGAUGCCUCCUGAUGGUGGUGACCGUGUUGUAUCCUCCCCUUCCCACUCUGCACCAGGCUGUCACAACCCAAGCCAGCAAGCACAGCUCUGAAGCCGGGUACCAUCUGGACCUUGGGGAAUCCCAGGAAUGGGUACUGGGGAAUGAGGAGGAAGUGGAGGAGUAUGGCCUUCUGGAGGACCUGCCAUCCUUUAUCUCACUGCAGGAGGAUCAGCUUCUUAUGGCUGUGGCCUCACCCAGGGCCCGAAGGAAUCAAAGCCAGGGGAGGAGAGGUGGCAGCUACCGGUUCAUCAAGCAUUUGAGGAGGCAGAAUGAGGAAGCCCCAGACAGGGACUGGGGGACCAAGGAGGAGGAUGGGGAGGUGUCAGAAGAAGAGGAAUUGGGCCCACUUAACCUUGACUCACAAGGCCUCAACGAGGUACUCAGUGCCCACCUCCCCCUGCAGAGGGUCCUUCCAGAAGUGCGGCACCCACUGUGUCUUCAGCAGCAGCUGGGGGACAGCCUGCCCACUGCUAGCAUCAUCCUCUGUUUCCAUGAUGAGGCCUGGUCCACCCUUUUGAGGACGGUGCACAGCAUCCUUAAUACGGCACCCACGGCCUUCCUGAAGGAAAUUGUCCUUGUGGAUGACCUCAGCAAGCAAGGACAACUGAAGUCUGCUCUCAGCGAAUAUGUGGCCCAGCUGGAGGGUGUGAAAUUGCUCAGGAGCACUAAGAGGCUGGGUGCCAUCAGGGCCCGGAUGCUGGGUGCCACCAGGGCCACAGGGGAUGUACUGGUCUUCAUGGACACCCACUGCGAGUGCCACCCAGGCUGGCUGGAACCCCUCCUCAGCAGAAUAGCUGGUGACAGGAGUCGUGUGGUAUCUCCAGUCAUAGAUAUAAUUGACUGGAAGACUUUCCAAUAUUAUCCGUCCAAGGGGCUGCAGCAUGGAGUAUUAGACUGGAAGCUGGAUUUCUUCUGGGAGCCUUUGCCAGAGCAUGAACGGAUAGCCCUCCCGUCCCCCAUCAGCCCUAUCAGGAGCCCAGUAGUGCCUGGAGAGGUAGUGGCCUUGGACAGACGUUACUUCCAAAACAUUGGAGCUUAUGACCCUCUCAUGUCGCUGAGGGGUGGUGAAAACCUCGAAUUAUCCUUCAAGGCCUGGCUCUGUGGAGGCUCUGUUGAAAUCCUCCCCUGCUCACGAGUGGGGCAUGUCUACCGAAAUCAGGAAGCACGCUCUCCCCUUGAGCAGGAGGCCAUUCUGAGGAACAAGGUCCUCAUUGCUGAGACUUGGCUGGGGUCAUUCAAAGAAGUUUUCUACAGGCACAACCCAGAGGCCUUCACCUUGAACAAGGCUGAGAAGCCAGACUGCACAGAGCGCUUGCAGCUGCAAAGCAGACUGGGAUGUCGGACCUUCCACUGGUUUCUGGCCAAUAUCUAUCCCAGAAUGUACCCAUCUGAACACAGACCUAAAUUCUCCGGAAAGCUCCACAACUCUGGGCUUGGCCUCUGUGCAGACUGCCAAGCAGAAAGGGGCUUCCUGGGCUGUCCCAUGACACUGGCUCCUUGCAAUGACAGUAGGAAGCAACAGCACCUGGAGCACACCGGCAGGAAGGAGAUCCACUUUGGCAGCCCACAGCACCUGUGCUUAGAUAUCAAGAAAGAGCAGGUGGUUCUCCAGAACUGUACUGAGGAAGGCCCUGCCAUCCAUCAGCAGCACUGGGACUUCCAGGAGAAUGGAAUGAUUGUCCACAUUAUUUCUGGGAAAUGCAUGGAAGCUAUGGUUCAGCAGAACAAUAAAGAGUUGUUCUUGAGUCAGUGUGAUGGAAAAGCCAGCCAACUAUGGCAAUUUGAUGAAGUCCACCCUGUGGAUAAGCGAUGAAUCCCAAUGUCAGAAUAAAAAGAGAAUUUUGGUUACCACAAUUCUGCCCCAACAAAGUUAAAGAGCAUUUAUAUUUCUUGAAGCAGACCCUCCUGUGUGCAUCCUCCUGAUGAAGAGGGAGGAAGAAAGUUCACUGAAAGAAUAUGUCUCUCCUUCUCACAGUUUAUUUCAUUGACUUCUGGAAGCUUUAAAAAAGAAAAAAAAAUGGUUCAUUAUCUCUAUCAUCAGAGAUGAUCAUCAUGCAGCACAGAAAGUCUUCAAUUUUUUUUUUCCUAUAUAACAAUUGCUUUUACUUCUGACUAGAGGACGCCUGAACAUUGUCAGGCAACCCCCUCCAGGAUACAUCAAUCCAAUGGUUGAAUAUCAUUGUCUUCAAGGAGCCUUAACCUGGGUUGUCUAUGACUGACCAUGAAGAGAAUGCAAUAGCCUGACUUCUCAAAACCUUUGGAUUAGGUUUAUUAGGACAAAUUUCAUGUUCACUAGACGAACCACAAAAAGAAAGGGAAAGAAAGGGAAGAUACAGACAGCAAUAGAGUAUGGUAGGAGAUAUGAUGAAGGAAGUAUUGGCCCAACACUCCAGCUCAACCUAGCCAGCUGAAGAAUCAAUAGACUUGGGAUGACAUUCUUAGGAGAAUUUUCCUCAAAACUUUCUACCUCCAUUCACCUAACCUCACCCCUCUCUAGCUUGGCUAACCAUAGCCAGAUUCUUUUGCCAUACAUUUCUCUUUAGUCACUGGUGUCAGAAGGAUCCACACGAUUGAGAAUUCUCAUUAACAAAGGUAUUUACAGUUAAUAGACUGUAAUAGGCUGUAGGCAGUUAACAGUUCAUGAUGCUCUGUUACAGGGUACCCAUUGAGUUAACAAGAAAUAACAACUUUUGCAAGGGAGAUGUUAGAGUGUGAGCCAUCUCAUGAGAGAGAACUGAGUUGGGUCUUAAUGUCUAUGAGAUCAGAUAGGGCCAUCUGUGACUGUCUAAAUGUGUCUCCAGUUUCAGUGUUCACAAUUUCAGGAAAAAUAUACCUUAAUUAGAGCAAAACCAAGGUUAGAUAAAGCAGAAUGGUAUUCCUUGUUAUCUGGUCCAUCUCAUUGGCUAUAAGAGUUGCUGAGAAGGAUUGGUUCUGCUAUUGAGAAGAUCACAGUCAUGCCCAUUUCUCUUCCCCUUAAAGAUACUGAUCUCCUUUGUGCUGUCUCAGAACACAGUAUCUUUCAAAAAAAAAACUAGAUAGAAAGUGUGGGUUUCCAAAUAGUAGCUAUCAUAAUGUUGUAUUCAUGUUCCAUACACCACGUCAGUGGCCCACUGCAUUUCUCUGUCCUUGUAAUAUACCCUAGACCCGUGCUAGCUAAUGUGGUAGACAUAACCAACUGUGCUAUACUGAAUGGGAAUCCAAUACUAGGAAAAAUUUAAAGCAAUCCCUCAAUUGUGCUGACCCUAUCUCAAGACCUCAAUAGUAGUAUGUAGGUGAUAGUUGCUGUAUGGUAGAGCACAGUAUAGUACAUUUCACUGUCACAAACCCUCCUAUUGCAACAGCAUUAGAUUCCUAUCUAGAGAAGAAAUUUUAUCCACCAUCUUUUUGAUUCAAGCCUUUCUAUAUUUAAACAAUUCUUUUAACACAGCAAGGCUGAGAUGGAGCUAAAAAUUCUCAGAUAACAAACUUGUAAAGAGUUUUUGGUGGUUAAACAAUAAAAAUUAAAUAAGACCUCUGUUCUUUAAUGAACUUGAUUAUUGGCAUUGUGGGUAUUUGAAGUUGUUGGGACAAAUUAAUAUAAUUAAAUAAAAGGCUGAAUUCAAUUGUAUAA